AUGUAUAUCGCGAAUUAUCUAAAUAUACCAUUAUUGGCCGGCGCCUUUCUGGCCGGCAUCGUUCUCUAUACCUUGGUCAACGCCUUCAAGUCUCCUCUCGGCGGACUGCCUGGGCCUUGGUACACUCAUUUCACUCACCUCAUCCUUAAAUAUCAUAUUCUCUCUGGCAACCGCGUUCAUUACAUCCACUCAUUGCACCAGCGAUAUGGACCAGUCGUUCGCGUUUCGCCAGGAGAGGUUGCUGUCAGCGACCUUGAAGCAUUUUCCAAAGUCCAUAAGAUCGGUUCUGGCUUUCUCAAGUCAGGUUGGUACGAUGGCAUAACUCCCAACCGAGAACCGGGUAUCUUUGUAAUGAGAGAUCCUCACCAGCACGCUGCACGAAGACGAUUGUUUGCGCGUGCUUUCAGUGUGAGCUCGUUGUUGAGCAAUUGGGAGUCGGAAAUCCGACAAAAGACUGAGCUUGCGGUGAAUAACAUCAAGCGAGAUGCUCAGAGCACUGGGGCGGAUGUGUUCAAGUGGUGGACUCUUAUGGCAACAGAUGUCAUCGCUCAUCUUUCCUUUGGAGAGUCGUUCCGAAUGCUGGAGCUGGGCAAGCAAACCCCCUAUAUCGACGCAAUUCAGUCCUCACUUCUCAUGAGUGCCCUCCGCGCCGAACUGUCAUGGAUCUAUCCACUUCUCAAGCGCUUGCCAUUCCAGGGCUUGAAAAAGCUGCUCAAUGCCGACAGCAUCGUGUUUGAGCAUGGCUCUAUUGCUGUCCGAAACAUGCAGAGCGCAGGAGACGGCCUCAGCAAAGCCAAUUUGUUCAGCCAAAUGCUUGCUGAGUCUGACAGUCAGGAAAAGACUAGUCUCUCGACUUCCAGCGUGCAGGCGGAAGCAAGCAAUCUCAUCGUUGCUGGAUCGGAUACUACGGCUGUGACCUUGACGUAUCUUAUCUGGGCCGUUCUCAAACAACCCCAGCUUCAAGCUGAACUGGAACGUGAGAUAUCAGAACUCAGUGAUGAGCUGACCUUUGACGAACUGAAGAGUGCUCCGCUACUCAACAGUGUGAUUGAAGAGACACUUCGCCUGUAUGGCGCAGCCCCUGGUGCUCUUCCGCGUGUCGUACCUGGAAAGGGUCUUGAUGUUUGCGGUCAUUAUAUCCCUCCCGGCACUAUCGUCAGCACUCAGGCAUUUACACUGCACCGCAACGAAAACAUUUUUGAGGAUGCACAGAGAUUCAAUGGUCAUCGUUUUAUGGAUAAAUCCACACUCACAGCAGCACAAAAGGCUGCCUUUUCUCCGUUUGGCGCUGGAUCACGAAUCUGCAUUGGUCUGCACUUGGCUUGGAUGGAGCUACGACUUGGUGCCGCUCUAUUCUUCCGUGAAUGUUGUGGAGCUUCACUAAGCCCUGAGAUGACUGAAGCCAUGAUGGACAUGGAGAAUAGAUUCUUGAUUGCACCCAAGGGGCACAAGUGCGUCGUCAAGCUGUGA